ACCAUUCCUGCCUCUUCAGGUGUUUGGUAACCAUGACAACCACCUGUCUGGGCUUAACCUGUGGGAUGUGAGGUGCAGAGGAACUUCCUGUGUGCCACACCAUGCCCCCCCUCCUCCUGCUGCUGCUACCGGCGCUGGCCCGCUGUCAGAGCGCCGGCCCGUUCGACGAGUGUCGCUCUCUGCGCGGCUCGGAGGCGGGGCCGGGCUGGGAGUUCUUCCCCUGCCAGCCCCCCUCCGCGAACAUGAAGGAAGUCAUGCAGAUCAGAGUCGACCCCCCAGGAAUCACCUGCGGAAACCCACCGGAGAGGUUCUGCACACUGGACAACCCGUACCUGUGCAGCGAUGAGUGUGACGCGUCCAGCCCUGACCUGUCUCACCCUCCUCAGCUGAUGGGAGAUAGGGAGAGGGGGGGGCUCAUCACCUACUGGCAGACGGUCACUUGGUCCAGGUAUCCUGAGCCGCUAUUGGCCAACAUCACGCUGUCCUGGAACAAGAGUCUGGAGGUGGUCGAUGACAUCGUCGUCACCUUCGAGUACGGCCGGCCAACCAGCAUGGUGCUGGAGAAAUCUAUGGACAAAGGUGGAACAUGGCAGCCAUAUCAGUACUACGCUGAUGACUGUCUGGAGGCGUUCGGUAUGUCUCCCAAACGGGUCUCUGAUCUAGCACCGAGCAACUUAACCCGGGUCAUCUGCACCGAGCAGUACUCGCGCUGGGUUGGCGCCAAGGAGGAGAAGCUGGUGGUGUUCGAGGUGCGCGCUCGGUUUGGGGUAUUUGCAGGUCCGAAGCUGAUCAACAUGCACGCCCUGUACACCCGAAUGGAGACCAUGAAGGGUCUGAGAGACUUCUUUACCUUCACCAACCUCCGCCUGAGACUCCUCCGCCCAGCACUGGGAGGGACAUACGUCCAGAGAGACAACCUGCUGAAGUACUUCUACGCUGUUUCAAACAUUGAUGUUCCAGCCAGAUGUAAGUGUAACCAGCAUGCGUCUCAGUGUGUGUUACGGGAUGUGACGCUGCAGUGUGAAUGCGACCACAACACAAGUGGACAGGACUGUCAGCGCUGCAGACAAGGGUUCAAAUCCCGCAGCUGGAGACCGGGGUCAUACCUGCCGCUGCCCAGAGGCUCCGCCAACACCUGUGAGGCAGCAGAAACAGCAGACACGGCUGGUGACUCUGACUCAGCAACAUCUGAUAGACCCCCUGCCUCAUCAACUCAAACUACCACUACUACUACUGAAAGUACUACUACUGCUCCCAUACCUGAAUAUACCACCGCUACUGACACUAUUACGACUUCUGAUGCUCCUAUACCUGAAUAUACCACAGCUACUGACACUAUUACAACUUCUGAUGCUCCUAUACCUGAAUAUACCACAGCUACUGACACUAUUACGACUUCUGAUGCUCCUAUACCUGAAUAUACCACAGCUACUGACAUUAUUACGACUUCUGAUGCUCCUUUAACUGAAUAUACCACCCCUACUGACACUUUAGACACUUCCACUACCGACGUUACUAUGACUACAGACAGUUUUACAACUACUUUCACGUACAUGUUGACUUCUGAAUCAGCUUUUACAAGCACAGCGAGUUUAUCUGCUGUCACAAAUACAGCCAGUACUUCUUCUACUACUGACACAUUGAGUAUUACUUCUGCUGAAACAAGUGAAACUAGCACUGUGUUCGAUGAAGACAGUGUUCUUACUUUUAGCACCAUGACAGAAACUAGGUCUACAACUUACUUUGUUGGUACAGACGAUGCUGAGGACUCUCUCAAAGCUGGUGUAGAGUCUACGACUACAAACAUGGACACAGUUUUUAGUACUUCGGACUCUAAUCUGUUUCUAGACUUUAGCAGUUCAGCAGACCUAUUUCCAUCCAGAAGUCCAACUCCAGGGAACGGAGACACUCUGUGCAAACCAGUUCCCCCAAUACCAGACACCACCCCUCCCAGUACCACUGUUAGCACCUCCAGCUACACCGCUGUCCCAGACCGCAGCACUGACUAUGGGGUGUCUGUUUCUGACUCCACCACCUCACCAGACAACACAGACUCCACCCUCUCAUGGACUGGUCUCAUCUUACCUUCUGAUGGGCCGACAACAUCAACCAGGGCUCCAACAACAACAACCCCCCCAGAAAUACCCCUGACCAGCGACAGGGCGAUAUCUGGAAAUACCGACCCAACCAACCAGGCUGGAGAUGCUCUACCCACAGCAGGAGCUGACACAACUUCUCCUGAUGUUCUUCCAGAGCCUCCGAUCAGUGCUCCACUUCCUGAUCUACCUGCUCCAGAUGAAGCCAUUCCAGAUAUUCCUCCUCUGGAUGAACCUCCACCAGAUGAAGGUGUUCCUCCAGAAGCGCCUUCCUCAAGGAUGCCAGAUACCUUGAUAGAUGUCCCUCCUCCAGAUCUACUUCCCUCUGAUAUAUCUCUGGAAGUACCUCUCCCUGAUCUACCGUCUCCUAAUGUUCCUCCCUCUGAUGUAACACGUCCAGAUGUUCCUCUCCCUGAUAUAUCUCUUCUUGAAGUACCUUUCCUUGAUAUUUCAUCUCCAGAUGUUCCUCUGCCUGAUAUUUAUCUUCCAGAUGUUCCGCUCCCUAAUAUAUCUCCUACAGUUGUUCCUCCCUCUGAUAUAUCUCUUCUGGAAGUACCUCUCCCUGAUCUACCAUCUCCUAAUGUUCCGUUCUCUGAUAUAUCUCCUCCAGAAGUUCCUCCCUCUGAUAUAUCUCUUCUAGAUGUUCCUCUCCCUGAUAUAUCUCUUCCAGAUGUUCCACUCCCGGAUAUAUCUCCUCCAGAAGUUCCUCCCUCUGAUAUAUCUCUUCUAGAUGUUCCUCUCCCUGAUAUAUCUCGUCCAGAUGUUCCUCCCUCUGAUAUAUCUCUUUUGGAAGUACCUCUCCCUGAUCUACCCUCUCCUGAUGUUCCUCCUUCAGACGUUCCUUCAGAAGCGCCCUCCUCUAGGACUCCAGAUAUCAUGAUAGAUGUCCCUCUUGUCGAGAAACCGCCUACAGAUAUUCCUUCCCCUGACGUACCUCCUCCUGAUGCUCCUGUAGAGAUCUUGUUGCCUCUUUCUGAAGGACUAGACCCACGCUCCGACAACUCAGAUCCGUCUUACCCUGCUGAGGAUUUGGCCCCAGUGGACUUUAGCUUCCCGUCUCCGGGUGAUCCAUAUUCAGCUGAUCGUGUACCAGAUUCUGGACCAGAUUAUAGACAGGUGCCUGUUGGUGAUCCUGGGAACCUUCCAAAUAAUUCCCGUGGAUCUGUGGAUAUUCCUGGAUCCAAUUCAGAGGACUCUGGACUGGAUUCUGUGUCAGCCGAGCUAGAUGCAGAGGAAGCAGUAAGAGGUGGAAUGGAAUCAGUAAAUGAUCCAGGAAUCGUUCUUCUGCAGCUCCGAUGGAAGCAA